GUAGAAUUGUAAAUGGUUGCAGUCAAAUGUGACAAUCGAGGAAAUGAAUCAGACUUGGUGCUGGAGUCUCCUUGUUCUUUGUUAUGACUGAUCAGUUUUCACCAUAUGUUAAUGUGAAGAGUGAACAGUAAAUGGUUAAUCUUGCUGCGAUCUGGUUCUUAUUAACUGUGGUUUAUCUCGACGUUAAAUUCGGCGUUCGUGACACGCGAAGGAGAACGUUACAGUGAAAAAGCGACAUUAUCAGGUGUUUCAAGUGCUGCAAUGUCAGCUCGAUCCAGCAUCAAGUCAACGCCGCCCAGCGACAAGGGCGGUAAACCGACAUCAAGUAAGUCCACCCAGGCGAGAGCCAAGGCAGAAGCCGCCAAGGUGCGACUGCGUUACGCCAGACAAGAAGCAGUUUUGAAAAUGCUGCAGGCCAUCAGAGAAGCCGAAAUCCAGAAAGAAAAGGCUGCCAGACAAAGGAAAGCGGCCGCCCGAGAAGCCGAAACCCAAUUGGAAAUGGCAAAAAUAUCGACAGAGUUGCAAGUGCUGCAGCUAGAAAGAGAAGAAGAAGCUGCCAUGGCGGAAGCAGAGUACAUAGAAGAAGCUGAAGGGUCGCGUGAUCUGACCGAAGCAAGAUCUACUUUAGAAAGGACCAGACUGGAACGCACAAGCGACUAUGUACAAUCUCAAAUAGACAGGCAGGCUCGUCUCCCCUCUCCAUACGUAUUCGAUAACUUCCCCAGCUACGAGGAACCUCAGAGAGUCACGAUUGCAUCACAUCCAUACGAGGAAGGAAAUUUACCCUCACGGCUCCGUGAUGAAGUCAAGAAUGAAAGAACCGACAACGCUCCUUCACCCCCACAACAGGACGGCGGGGAGGGAGAGGUUCACUCCAGGACAACAAUUGUCAGCUCGAACUGUACAGAAGUUUGCAGUCAAACUCAGUCAAGCCGUUCUUGUUCCAAGAUCUGCCUCACUGAGGUGUACCCUAAAGAAGCACAACAAGACAUUACCAAGCGUAAAGUAACCGACGAGACGCUAGGUCAGUCAGUUUUCGUUCAAACCGAGCACGGAAACAAACUUGCACAAUCAGCUCAAGAUACCAUUUCUUUAAAACCCAAAGACACCAAGGUCUUCAGAGAUGAAGCAAAUAAUGGGGUUGCCCCAUUGCCUUUCAGAGAACCACGCCAGCGCUCACCAGAUAACAAAGAGCAGGCAGUCAAACGGUUCACGUCCUUACGGAAAACCCAGAAAAGGAAACCUGAGAUGCAGCAACGCACCCGAUUGGCCCACGAGGUACUGUGCACCCUAAUGGCAGAGGUCACAGCCAUUAUAAACGCACAAUCAUUCCUACCUGUGUCUUCUGACCCAGAAAACCCCUUUAUACUUUCGCCAUCAACGCUCUUUACGCAGAAGGCAGGAGCACCUCCUCCACCAGGAGACUUCUCAGACAAGGAUUUGUACACAAAGCAAUGGAGACAAGUCCAGGCUCUGGCAAAUCAGUUCUGGCCUCGCUGGAGACAAAAAUGUCUACCUUUGUUGCAACAGAGACAAAAGUGGACAGAACCCCGAAGGAAUCUUCAAGUUGAAGACUUAGUCCUGCUCAGGGACAAGCAAAUCGCCCGCAACAGCUGGCCAAUGGCCAGAAUCACUGCUACAUUCCCUAGCGGGGAUGGACAUGUCAGGAAGAUCGAAUUGAAGACUACCGACCAAGGCGAUGUGAAAAUUUACCAAGGGCCAGUUACAGAAGUUAUUCUACUUCUACCCAAUGACUGAUUAAGAGACUAAGUUUUGUACUCUGCUCAUUGUGACCUUACGAAGGUCAAGCGGGGAGUGUGCUGUCUUUACGACAGUUAUUUAGUUUAUAAUAUUUCCGCUUAGUAAUUCAUUCGAUACUAUUUUCUAGUUAGAAUUAGAAGUGUUUAAAGUAUAUUCAUUGCAUGUAAAAUAUAUCGGCAUGCAAUGACGUCACAUCCGGUUUCGCCGCGUCUUGUGGGAAAAUACCGGUUUGAAAUUAGCGCGAGGGUGGGGGCUCACCACGAGGCAGACCCGAGCAGAAGUUGU